AUGGGACCGUCUGUCUUCGCACUUGGUCAGAUCUUAGAACUGUGCAAACGACACCCUGAUGUGGUGCAAUUGCUCGUCUCGAACCCGGCCGCCCUGGAAAGCUUGUCCAAGUAUCCGGAGCGCGCUAUGGCUGCUCUGACUAGGCUUGAUACUUCUCAGGACAUUGAGGAAACUGAAGUACCAUACGGCCUCAGUUCCAUGGGCACGCCCGACAUGCUCGCUCGCGUUCGCGAUCUCAACGUCCUAGAGAUUCCAUACCGACCCUGCGAUACCCUGCACGCUCACGAUGCCAUCUACCGCACCUUCAGCGGACAACUGAACCGCGUGCGCGUGAUCUGUACCAGCGAGAACGUCCCGAAGACUGGUUACACUACUAUCCUAUUCAUGCGAGGUCCUCAUCAACCAUACAUGCCUGAUUGCGCUGGUUCUCUUGGGGUAUUCCUGAGCGCUACGCCACGCCUCGAGGACUGGCCGCCCUUUGAGAACUUGUUCGUUUCGCAGACAAAGGACUUUGGAGCGAGGCGCUCUCAUACGCAUGCGGAUGAUUGGCUCUAUGCUGGCCGGUAUGAGCUCAUAGAUAGCCGUUCCCUCGAUGUUCAUGAGGUGGCUCUGUUGCCUGAUGAGACAUUCGAAUACUGGGCCGUCCAUAUCAAUCGCAGACAAGGGGACUAUCUUGCUCGUCUACGUGCGCGCGUCUAUCUUUCCGUCGUCGACCACAUGAACAACAUCACAGAGGAGGAUAUCUCUCGCUGUAUCAGCGAACAUGCCGAGGAUGUUGUCAUAGCUGCUAUUCGAUUGACAGAUAUUAGGGAAGCGCUCUUAGACGGCACCAUUAGACUUCAGGCUUUUGCCAUGCGGCCUGUAGGAUACGACGUGGGCAUUCCGAUGCUUCUGGAGCAAACAAGCAAACGCAUACAAGCCGAGCAAGACGCCGAAGACUCCGGCAUCGAGAUCAUCUCUGGUCCCACCCGCGGUACCAAACGCAAGACACCGCCUACUUAUGCUGAAUCCCCACGUCCUGGUCCAGGCCCGUCGACAUCGAGCUCGUGGCGCGAGCGCGGUAUGGGGUCGUGCGCGUCCCGUACACCUCGUCCGAAAAGGAGUGCUACAAACGUCGCAAUCAACUACCGAGAGUCCGACUCCGAAUGUGAUUUUGAACCAACCCGGACAGCAGGUCCGAGUUCGGGCGCGAGUCAAGUACGACGCGUAGUGCUGUGA